AUGUUUCUGCACAUCUUCCGCUCGAUAUCACUAGCGGUAGCACCACAAUCAAUAGCCCAAGGCAAGACCUAUUCCUAUGCUAAGCCUUGUGAAAGCAGCUGCGGAAAUAUAGAAGUUUCUUACCCAUUUGGGAUUGGCAUGGAGCUAGGUUAUUUAAGCAACUUCAUAACCAGAUUCAAUAAUCCUACAACUAGUGAUGUAAAGGAAAUGAUGGAAAAAGCGUUGGAUGUUUACCAGGCGCACCCUCUUCCUCUUCUUGGGGCAAUGCUCAAGAAAUUCCUAGCGAACAUAGAGCCUGCAGUCCGAUGGUCGAAGCAGCUCCGGAGACAAACAAAAGGGCUCAACCGGAAGAAAGAUUGGUAA